AUGGGAAGGAUCGGAGCAAAGCUGGACAUUGAUUUUGUAGUGUCGACCGGAGAUAAUUUCUAUGACAAUGGGCUGAACAGCCAACAUGACCCUUCAUUUCGACAGUCUUUCACCAACGUUUACAAAUACAGGAGCCUGCAAACCCCAUGGUUCAGCGUUCUGGGCAACCAUGACUAUAGGGGUGAUGCAGAGGCUCAACUGAGUCCUUUUCUUAGAAAAAUUGACGCUAGAUGGUUUUGCUUAAGAUCCUUCAUCGUCAAUGCUGAACCAGUUGAGAUCAUCUUUGUCGACACCACUCCUUUGGUGAACAGCUACUUCCUAAACCCAUAUAGACAGACUUACGACUGGCGCGGUAUAACUCCUCGCACAAACUACAUUACGAACCUGUUGAAGGAUGUGGAGUCUGUGUUACGAGACUCGAGAGCCAAAUGGAAGAUUGUUGUUGGACACCAUGCAAUUAGAAGCAUCGGAUACCAUGGUGACACCGAGGAACUUAAAAGCCAACUCCUCCCUAUUCUCAAGGCUUAUGAUGUUGAUUUCUACAUCAACGGCCAUGAUCACAGCCUACAACACAUCAGUGAUACCAACAGCCGCAUACAGUUUUUGACAAGCGGGGCAGGGUCCAAGGCAUGGAAGGGAAGCAUGAGAAAACAAAAGAGAGAGGGAGUAAGGUUCUACUAUGAUGGCGAAGGUUUUCUGUCUCUUCAAUUCUCCAAAUUCGAUACCCGCAUUGCCUUCUACGAUGUUUAUGGCACCAUUUUGCAUACUUGGAGUGCAAGCAAACCAUUUCUUCAGCCUUACAACACAUCAACAAUCAAUUGAUGAUUCC